AUGUCUGAUGUACCAUGGGAAAACGAAAAGAAACGAAAUUACAUUUGUAUGCGACAUAUUAUCACUGAUGUUGUAAGUGAAGGAUUGAGGAAAGUUUUUAAAAACGAAUGGAACACUCGUUUCCAGGCAAGGUUCGGAGCAUGGAAUGACACCAGUGCAAGUGGUGUGCAGUUGUUUUCUCUGGAAAAUACACGCUCAAGACCAAACAAGAACGUGAACCAGGCAAAAUUUCAAGAUGGAGAUACAAAUCAAUGGGAUUGUUCCGUGCUUUUUGACGCAAUUUUGUACUCCAACUCUAUUGGUAAAUCAAGUUUGAAUCCAACAAUUAAGACUGAAGUUGACAAUAUUCGAAAGAUGAGAAAUAAAAUUAUGCAUGCUGAUGAAACAUUCUUAUCUGAUGCUGACUUCCAAACCAUGAUCAGUGAUGUUGAAAACGCAUUUAAAGCCCUUGGUCUUCCAAUUCAUGAUAUCGUACAAAUUAAAAUUAAGAGAAACCGUUACAAAUCAUUUCAAGUUUUACCUUCAAAGCCAAUCCACCAAGUUGUUUACCGUUCUGAAGAAAUCAACGAAAUGAAACAGGACCUCCAGACAUUGCGCAUUAGUAGCGGAGGGAAACUUACAUAUCUCUAUAUUUCUGGAAAUCCCGGAAGUGGUAAAUCAGAGCUAUCCCGGCAGCUGUGCGAGGAUUUGUUCAAAGGCACAAAUUGGGAAGCAGAGGCAACAUUUGUAAUGACAUUGAAUGCAAAAGAUUUAGACACUAUUCUCCAAUCGUAUCAAGAUUUUUGUCGACGUUUAAAUUGUUCUGAGAGUAUACUGGUAAAUGUAAUGAGUUCAUGCCAACCAGAACAUGAAAAGAUCAAAGAGUUAAGAUCACUGAUUGAAAGCAGAAUCAAGAACUGGAAGAGGUGGUGGAUUAUUAUAGACAAUGUGGAAAAUCUCAAUAUCAUUUCACCCCUACUACCACAGAUGGGCAACGAAGUUUGGAAUAAUGGACAAAUUAUAUUAACAAUUCAGAAUAGAACUGCAGUCCCUUCCGACAGUCCCUUCACUAAACAUAUUUCACUCAGCUGUGGUAUGAAAAUUCAAGAAUGUCGCCAGUUACUGUUCUUAUUAUCAGGAACUGAUGUUAAUGAUCGAUUCUUAGAUGAAGCUGCUGAGAAAUUGGAUCACCAACCUUUGGCUAUAGCUGCUGCAGCUGUAUACUUCAAGAAAGUCAACGAGAAAAAUUGCUGUCCAACGUUUUCGUGGCAGGAUUACUUAAAAAAGUUAAAAUGUAAAAGAGAAGUCACGGAAGAGCAACUUCUCAAAACCAGUUCGGCUUAUCAAUCCACCAUGUCUGCAGCGGUGUCCCUAGCUGUUGAAAAAUCUGCAGAAAAUAGUUUUAUUUUACAUCACACAUUCGAUCUUUUUUCUCUGAUCUCUUUUGAACCAUUACCACUUGAUAUUAUCACCAAAUACAUUCAACAACUUGAUCAAAACUGCGAUAAAGAAGAAAUUUAUUUGGCAGUAAAAGAUUGUUCACUUUUUCUUCUUAUUGAAAUUGAAGAUUGUGAAGUUCGUUUACAUCGUGUUGUCCACGACGUAACCAAAUCAUUGAGUAAUUGUAAACCAACUGAGACUACAAACUAUUUUCACAGUGACUUUCCUGACGAAACGGCGAAAACUGCAAGUAGAGUUCAAAACGUGGCAAAAGCAAUUUAUUGUUUCAAAGACAGGGACGAUCAAAUCAAGGUAAUUCCUCAUUUGAAGGCUUUCAAUUUAACAGUUAAAAAACUUGUUCCCGAACAGAAUUCAUUAUGCUCAAAUGCAUUCGCUUCUCAAAAACGAGAAAUUUGUAAAAUAUAUCUGUUUUUUGCAACAACAUUACAUCACUUCUGUGCCUUUAAACUCGCUAUUGAAUUUCAUAAUAUGAACCUUCCGAUUUCGAGGGGUUUUGAAAAAGACAACUAUUACGAGUAUUGUAUUCUUAACGCUCUUGGAAAUUUAUACAAAACACUGGGCGAUUUCGAACAGGCUAAGGAUUAUCAUGAACGAGCACUGGCACUAGUAGAAGAGCAAUUAAGUCCUGACAAUGUCCUUAUUGCAUCUUCUUACAACAACCUUGGUGAAGUGUAUCGUGCUAAAGGUGAACUGGAGCAGGCUAAGGAAUAUUAUCAACGAGCACUGGCAAUUGACAAAAAGCAAUUAGGUCCUGACCAUGUUAAUGUUGCACGUUCUUACAACAACCUUGGUCUUGUGUAUAAUGCUAAAGGUGAACUGGACCAGGCUAAGGAUUAUCAUGAACGAGCACUGGCAAUAAGAGAAAAGCAAUUAGGUCCUGGCCAUGUUAAUGUUGCAUCUUCUUAUAACAACCUUGGUGAAGUGUAUCGUGCUAAAGGUGAACUGGAGCAGGCUAAGGAAUAUUAUCAACGAGCACUGGCAAUUGACAUAAAGCAAUUAGGUCCUGACCAUGUUAAUGUUGCACGUUCUUACAACAACCUUGGUCUUGUGUAUAAUGCUAAAGGUGAACUGGACCAGGCUAAGGAUUAUCAUGAACGAGCACUGGCAAUAAGAGAAAAGCAAUUAGGUCCUGGCCAUGUUAAUGUUGCAUCUUCUUAUAACAACCUUGGUGAAGUGUAUCGUGCUAAACGUGAACUGGAGCAGGCUAAGGAAUAUUAUCAACGAGCACUGGCAAUUGACAUAAAGCAAUUAGGUCCUGACCAUGUUAAUGUUGCACGUUCUUACAACAACCUUGGUCUAGUUUGUCAUGCUGAAGGUGAACUGGACCAGGCUAAGGAAUAUUAUCAACGAGCACUGGCAAUUGACAUAAAGCAAUUAGGUCCUGACCAUGUUAAUGUUGCACGUUCUUACAACAACCUUGGUCUUGUGUAUAAAGCUAAAGGUGAACUGGAACAGGCUAAGGAUUAUCAUGAACGAGCACUGGCAAUAAGAGAAAAGCAAUUAGGUCCUGGCCAUGUUAAUGUUGCAUCUUCUUAUAACAACCUUGGUGAAGUGUAUCGUGCUAAACGUGAACUGGAGCAGGCUAAGGAAUAUUAUCAACGAGCACUGGCAAUUGACAUAAAGCAAUUAGGUCCUGACCAUAUUAAUAUUGCACGUUCUUACAACAACCUUGGUCUAGUUUGUCAUGCUGAAGGUGAACUGGAGCAGGCUAAGGAAUAUUAUCAACGAGCACUGGCAAUUGACAUAAAGCAAUUAGGUCCUGACCAUGUUAAUGUUGCACGUUCUUACAACAACCUUGGUCUUGUGUAUAAAGCUAAAGGUGAACUGGAACAGGCUAAGGAUUAUCAUGAACGAGCACUGGCAAUAAGAGAAAAGCAAUUAGGUCCUGGCCAUGUUAAUGUUGCAUCUUCUUAUAACAACCUUGGUGAAGUGUAUCGUGCUAAACGUGAACUGGAGCAGGCUAAGGAAUAUUAUCAACGAGCACUGGCAAUUGACAUAAAGCAAUUAGGUCCUGACCAUAUUAAUGUUGCACGUUCUUACAACAACCUUGGUCUUGUGUAUAAUGCUAAAGGUGAACUGGACCAGGCUAAGGAUUAUCAUGAACGAGCACUGGCAAUAAGAGAAAAGCAAUUAGGUCCUGGCCAUGUUAAUGUUGCAUCUUCUUAUAACAACCUUGGUGAAGUGUAUCGUGCUAAACGUGAACUGGAGCAGGCUAAGGAAUAUUAUCAACGAGCACUGGCAAUUGACAUAAAGCAAUUAGGUCCUGACCAUGUUAAUGUUGCACGUUCUUACAACAACCUUGGUCUUGUGUAUAAUGCUAAAGGUGAACUGGACCAGGCUAAGGAUUAUCAUGAACGAGCACUGGCAAUAAGAGAAAAGCAAUUAGGUCCUGACCAUGUUAAUGUUGCAUCUUCUUAUAACAACCUUGGUGAAGUGUAUCGUGCUAAAGGUGAACUGGAGCAGGCUAAGGAAUAUUAUCAACGAGCACUGGCAAUUGACAUAAAGCAAUUAGGUCCUGACCAUAUUAAUAUUGCACGUUCUUACAACAACCUUGGUCUAGUUUGUCAUGCUGAAGGUGAACUGGAGCAGGCUAAGGAAUAUUAUCAACGAGCACUGGCAAUUGACAUAAAGCAAUUAGGUCCUGACCAUGUUAAUGUUGCACGUUCUUACAACAACCUUGGUCUUGUGUAUAAUGCUAAAGGUGAACUGGAGCAGGCUAAGGAAUAUUAUCAACGAGCACUGGCAAUUGACAUAAAGCAAUUAGGUCCUGGCCAUGUUAAUGUUGCAUCUUCUUAUAACAACCUUGGUGAAGUGUAUCGUGCUAAAGGUGAACUGGAGCAGGCUAAGGAAUAUUAUCAACGGGCACUGGCAAUUGACAUAAAGCAAUUAGGUCCUGACCAUGUUAAUGUUGCAUCUUCUUAUAACAACCUUGGUGAAGUGUAUCGUGCUAAAGGUGAACUGGAGCAGGCUAAGGAAUAUUAUCAACGAGCACUGGCAAUAAGAGAAAAGCAAUUAUGUCCUGACCAUGUUGAUGUUGCAUCUUCUAAUAACAAUCUUGGUCUAGUGUAUGAUGCUAAAUGUGAACUGGACAAGCUAAGGAUUAUCAUGAACGAGCUCUGGCAGCAACAGAAAAGUAAUUAG